AUGGCAGAGAAGCGGCGGUCCCCCUGCGCCCUGAGCGUCAAGGCGCACGCAUUCUCUGUAGAGGCUUUGAUCGGGGCUGAAAAAAGACGCAGGACGGCCGGAGAGGAUGCCGAGUCCCCCGGCUACGAGGACGGAACUGAUGUCUCUGAUCUAACCGGGAGCCCGGGCCCGCGGGCCGACAGAGCCAGCACCAGUGAUCGGGGCAGCGAGGCUGAAUGUGCCAGUGACGGAUCUCCAGAGAGCGAGGACACGCUGUUAGAGAGCCCGCAGCCCGCAGCUCUUUGCACGGCCUCGGCCACCGGUUCUGGAGAGGACACCCGGGUGGACCUGCAGGGAUCAGACCUGUGGAAACGGUUCCACGAGAUCGGCACAGAAAUGAUCAUCACCAAGGCUGGAAGGCGGAUGUUCCCCGCUAUGCGUGUGAAGAUUACGGGCUUGGACCCCCAUCAGCAGUAUUACAUUGCCAUGGAUAUAAUCCCCGUGGACAACAAGCGAUACAGGUACGUGUACCACAGCUCUAAGUGGAUGGUUGCAGGGAAUGCGGAUUCUCCUGUGCCGCCCAGGGUGUACAUCCACCCGGACUCCCCGGCCUCGGGAGAGACGUGGAUGCGUCAAGUGGUCAGCUUUGACAAACUCAAACUGACCAAUAACGAGCUGGACGACCAGGGACAUAUUAUUCUGCACUCCAUGCAUAAGUACCAGCCGCGGGUCCAUGUGAUCCGUAAGGAGUGUGGAGAGGAGUUAUCCCCAGUGAGAGCUAUCCCUGCUGGGGAAGGCACCCGGACCUUCUCCUUCCCUGAGACCGUGUUCACCACCGUCACAGCAUAUCAGAACCAACAGAUAACAAGGCUGAAAAUUGACAGAAACCCAUUUGCUAAAGGCUUCAGAGACUCUGGCAGAAACCGGAUGGGUCUGGAGGCUUUGGUUGAGUCUUACGCAUUCUGGCGUCCAUCUCUGCGGACACUCACAUUUGAGGACAUCCCUGGCAUGGCUAAGCAAGGAGUCCCAGGAGCUCAUGGAGGGCUUGGAGCAUCAUCUCACCUGCUAUCCACAUCUCCGUGCUCCUCGCCUUUCCAGGUUUGCCCCCUAAGCCCACCUGACUACGCCUGCAGCCGACCCACGCACCCUCUCCAUCGUUACAGCAACCCCCCAGAGCCAUUCCCCCCUCCCAGAGGUCCAUCAGCGUACGAUGGUGAAGGAUUCUGUUCCCUGCCUCUCCCUGCUUCUCAACUUGGCUAUCUAUCCAACCCUACCCCGCAGGGUUACGCCGGUCUUCGCCUCCACACACCGCCCUACAGCCUGUAUGGCUACACAUUUCCUCCCUCACCACGCCUCGCUGCCAGUCCAGACAAAAUGGCCGCUGCUACCACUGCCAAUCAUCAAAGUCCCUUCCUUGGCUCGUCUCCCAGUGGGACGCUAACGGACAGUCUGGGUGUGCUCAGCGGAGGACAGCAGGGCUUCUUGUUUGAUUCUCGGACUUUAGGACUGGCCGGUAGCCAGCCGGGAGGUGGGGCCUCGCAGGUCACUGCCCACAUGGGCUGA